AUGAAGUUGGGUACGUGGAGAAUCUCAAAGAAUGCCAAGAAGGAGAAGGAGAAGGACACCAUCUCGAUAUCCGGUCCCGACACCUCCUCCUUUCGUCGCGGCAUACACGUCGUCGACAGCCAAGGCAUUCUCACCGGCGUGCCCGAUGUGUGGAAGGACGACACGGCCCAGCCCUGCGAGACCACCUCCACCGAAGGCCUCUCCCCGGCCAUUCAGCCGUCGCGAGCCAACAAGGAGCUCCUCAAGAGCGCAGGUCCGACUGUGGGCCUUCCGUUCAAGGUGAGGCACCACGUGCACGUCAACUUCGAUUCAGAGAUGGGCUUCCAGGGCCUCCCGCCUGAAUGGACCACCCUGCUCAACGCCGCCGGCAUCUCAGGCGAGGAACAAAUGAACCACCCGCAACAGGUGCGCGAGGUCCUGGAAUUCCACGAACGCCACUUUGGCGGAGGUGCCGCGGUGGGCGGAAUCGGCAGCAGCCGCAAGCAGGAGCUCUACGCCGACGCGGCCUCCAUCGGAACCACCACGACCACCACCUCGACCACCUCUUCGACACCCAGCGCGUUCCCCAAAUCGGCGCCCACGUCGCCCCGCAUUGCGCACCCGGAAGCGGACUCGGCCAUCGGCGGCAAAAAGAACGAAAAUGAAAGCGAAAGCGAUGCGGGCGGGCUGGGCUCGUCGCAGUCGCAGAUUGUGCGGCCGACGUGUGGCGUCGGUGCAUCGCCCAACGCCUUCGAGCGACGCGUCACAGUCUCCCACAAGCACACGCGCCACCGGCGGUCGCGCUCGGCCACCAGCGGGUUCCACCGCUUCCGGAACGAAGUGGCGGCCAACACCAGGCCCGAGUCCAAGGACCGCACCUCCACCUCGCCCGGCGACCUGCAAGCUGUCAUUCGUAAGAGCAAGCAACAGGAGCAGGAGGCGGCGGAGGAAGCACAGGAGGCGGCGGAGGAAGCGGAGGCCAGCGAGGCCGAGCACAAGGGCCAAGAGGAGAAGCUGCCGGCCGACCACCACCACCACCAGCAGCAAUGGAAGCAAAGGGGGACGAGCGGCGAAGCCGCAACAGCAGCCGCAGCAGCUCCUGCUUGGCCGCAAGCGAUGCCGCACUUCACCGACCUCGUCAAGAUCGGCGAAGGGUCAUCGGGCCUGGUGGCCAUCAAGGUCAUCAGCAACGUGUCGCAGGCCAAUCUCAGCACUCUUGAGAACGAAAUCGCGAUGAUGUCGACGUCGCAACACAACAACGUGGUGGGCUACGUGGGGGCCUACAUGAAGAACAACGCCCUCUGGGUCAUCAUGGAGGUGAGCCCCGAGUGCUGUCACAUGGACGGCGGCUCCUUGACGGAGGUGAUCUCCAUUUGUAAAAUGACCGAGCCACAAAUCGCGGCCGUGUGCAAAGAGGUGUUGAGAGCGUUGCUGUACAUUCACGGAAUGAAGCGGCUCCACCGCGACAUAAAGAGCGAUAACAUCCUCUUGAAGAUGGACGGCAAACUGACGGAGGAGGUGACGAAGCGGAACUCGGUGGUGGGGACGCCCUACUGGAUGGCACCGGAGCUCAUCCGCGGGUUCGACUACAGCUUCGGCGUCGACAUCUGGAGCCUGGGCAUCGCCGCCAUCGAAAUGGCCGAGGGCGAGCCGCCGUACCUCGAGUACCCGCCGCUCAGGCUGAAGGAGCCGGAGAAGUGGUCGAACACAUUCAAGGACUUCAUGCAGCGAUGUCUCGAGGUCGAGGUCUCCGCCAGAGCCUCGGCCGAGGAACUCCUCAAGCAUCCGUUUUUGCGCAUGGCGUGUCCGCUGAAGAACCUGGUGCCGCUCAUCGCCAAAGCCAAGGAGGUCACGCAGGGCCUCUACGCCGCGGCCUCUGCCGCCGGCACCACCCCCGCAUGA